AUGUCUGGCACUGACUGGCUCGCUCCUGCAGCUUGGGUCGGGGACCAAGGGUAUAACAGCAACCAGGAAGACAAUGACGAUUACUGGUCGCAAUUGCGAGCUGCUCGCGAUCAAUCUGAUGAUGAAGAUACGGUGCAUGCUCACUCAGUGGAGUACGACCAACACAAUGACAGUGACGCUGCGACGGACAGGGACGCUGCGACGGACAGGGACAGGGAUACUAAAAGUGACGACGACGACGAAAUUGUUCUCCGGUUUGCCUUCAUAUUCAGCACCUCGAUUUGCGUCUCGACCUUGGUUUGCGCGGGGACAGUCAUCAUGGGAAGAUUGAUGAUGGGACCAGACGUCGAGUACGUGAUUCCGGAACUCACGAAGCGUGCUAUCGGCUGGGUUUCAGGCCGCGCGAUCCUCAAGAAUACCUGGUUGAGGGCGGCACCGCCCAUCAUCUUCGACAUCGUCAGCCGGAAUCUAAUACCACUCCUUCCUUUACUUACCCGCGACCUUCUGGAUCUCACCGUACACAUUCUCCGCAUUCUUAUGUUCCGCAAUCGGAUUUUUCUUCUUCUUGUUACUUGCAUUGCUUGCAUCAUCGUGCUCAUCGCUCACAUCGUCAUUCUCAUCGCUCGCGUCGUCAUUCUCAUCGCUCGCGUCAUCGUUCUCAUAUUCCGCAUCAUCGUUCUCAUAUUCCGCAUCAUCGUUCUCAGCAUUCUCGUGGCCAUUAUGACUCAAGAGGCAGGGAUAGGAGGAGGAGCUCAAGCUGCAAUAGAUCGAGGUCGAUCUCAAGCUGCAAUAGAUCGAGGUCGAUCUCAAGCUGCCGAACGAGCAAGCAUUGGAGAAAGGGUGGCAGGGCUCGCUCGGGGAGUUCAAGCUACUCAGCUAGCAGGAGUAGGGAUCCCUCAAGGAGCAGUUGCGCGGAGUCAGGCUGUUCAACAAGGAGAAGCAGGUAUCGGAGGAGGGUUCGCUCGAAAUCAAGUCGCCCAACAAGUAGACGCCGAAGGAGGCGGGAUCGCUCGAGAAGACGGCGUUCGGACUUGA